AUGACCGAGCCAGGUAAAACAGAUGUUGUAACAGAUGUAACUACAAUAAAUGAUCAGAAAGAUCACGCAGAUUCUACAGAAGAUACUACCAAGGAUACUAAACUCUACCCACAAUUAAUUGCUUGUGUAAUAGUUAAUCUAACAAUACUCUCUUCCGGAUUGAGCUACGCCUGGCCAUCGAUUAGUUUACUCAGCUAUCAAAAGAGGUCUUCGGAUUUUCAUUUAACUUCUAGCGAAGAAUCGUGGGUGGUCAGUGCAUUACCUAUAGGAUCCUGCUUCGGACCAAUUGUAUCUGCUUUGCUAGUAGAUCGAAUCGGCAGAAAAUGGUAUCUCUACCUAACUUCUAUACCAUUCCUUGCCAGUUGGAUACUCAUUUACUACGCCAAAAGUUGGGUGUAUUUGUUUGCGGCGCGAUUUUUAUGUGGUUUUCCGAUUGGAUCUUAUUUCGCUGUGGUUCCGCUAUAUCUUGGUGAACUCGUCGAGACAAGGAUUAGAGGGGCUGCUAGCAUGACGAUGGGUUUAUUACUUAAUCUAGGACACAUGAUCGUUUAUGGAAUUGGUUCAUUUGCAGACAUGCAGUUGGUUGCAAUCAUUUGUGCGGUGCCAACAGUCCUCUUCAUUUUAUUAUUACCUUGGAUACCGGAAUCGCCCUACUAUUAUUUGAAGAAGGGUAACGAGAAAGAGGCCGAACUGUCUUUAAUAUGGCUAAGGGGAACAACGAACAACAAGAAGGAAAUGAAAGAAAUAGACGAGUUUAUAAACCACGAAAAGCACGGUGACUUAAAAGACCUGUUCACAAUACCUGUGCACCGAAAAGCACUUCUUCUCUUGCUAUUACUGUUGGCGGGUCAACAAUUUUCUGGAAUGAUAGCUAUCCAAUCGUUUUCCGGGAUUCUAAUCACGAAUAUGAAUUUACAGCUUAAUACCUAUAUGGUCCUUCUUAUCCUGGGUGCAAUAAGCGCACUAUCUAUUGGGGUAGCCGCAUUUAUAAUUGACAGAAUUGGUAGAAAACCUCUUUUCCUGGUGUCAACGUAUAUUGUUGCCAUAUGCGUUUGUAUUUUAGGAACGUAUUUUCUUCUUGAUAAAAGAGGAUUCAAAGUUCAACAGUUCUCUGCGAUACCACUAGUCGCUAUCAUAGUUUAUUACAUUGCUCUUUCUCUCGGUUUAACAAGCAUCCCAUCAGUAGUCUCUUCGGAAAUCUUUCCAAUGAGCGUGAGAAGUUGGGCAACUGCUGUCGCAAACAUGUAUGGAGCCGUGCUUGCAGUCAUUGUAGCGAAAUGUUAUCAAAUUGUGAGCGACGCGUGGGGCAAUGAAACAAUUUUCUACAUUUUUGGUGGUAUCGAGAUUGUAAUAGCAACUACUGCAAUCUUUAUUAUGCCAGAAACAUCGCGUAAAUCAUUCAUGGCAAUACAAGAGAUGUUGAACGGAAAAACGUGUAACGCGACAAAGAAAGAGGAGUUGAGCGAAGCUCAUGUAGCUUGA